CGAAAAGUGCGUUACAUAUAAAAAUGAAAAUAAUUCUAUUAAUAUUUUUCGCCACGCGAUGCUUCAGUACGGAAUUAAUGGACGAGAUCGAUCAGAUUCUAUUAGAAUUCGAAGCGCAGAGACAAAACAACAAGCCGGUUAACACCGAAAGCGAGUUUGCUAAUAACAACGAAAACGUUGUCGACAACAAUAAUCUAUUCAACGUACCGAAAAAUACGGAAUGCACGGACGAGUGCGUGCCAUUUUAUCAGUGCAACGAGAACGGAAGUAUCAUCACCACCGGUGAGAAUUUGAUCGAUAUCAGAUCAAACGACGGUCCCUGCGGCAACGCGUUCUUAUCCUGCUGCAAACUCGAAUUCGUAACCAACCAGCGGUUCUCGCCGAACAAACCGGCGUCGAGCAGCUGCGGUCACCGGCGCCCCGACGGCAUCGGGCUCCGAAUCACCGGUACGCAGAACGAAGCCCAAUUCGCCGAAUUCCCUUGGAUGGUGUCCAUCAUCAAAAGCGGCUGGUCGCCGGUUUCCAAUCCGAGACCGGCCUGCGGCGGUUCGUUAAUUCACCCCCGAGCCGUCGUUACGGCCGCUCAUUGCGUUAUCAACCGGAGCCAACGGUGGAAAGUGAGGGCCGGCGAAUGGGAUAUUAACAGGACGAUAGAACCGAUUCCGUACCAAGAAGUAGACGUGCAUACCGUAGUUAUACACAAUGCAUAUUAUCCGGGUGCUUUAUUCAAUGAUAUAGCUUUGUUGUAUUUGGUAUCUCCUAUAAAACUGGUCGAAAAUACUGGCACUAUUUGCCUACCGCCUCAGGAUUACCGGCACAAGAAGAACCGGUGUUACUCGACAGGUUGGGGUAAGGAUAAGUUCGGAAAACAGGGCAAAUACCACGAUAUAUUGAAGAAAAUCGACUUACCAGUCGUCACAAAUACACAUUGUCAAUCAAGCCUGCGCAAAACGAGACUCGGGAGGUUGUUCCAGCUGCAUUCCAGUUUCAUGUGCGCUGGCGGGGAAAAGGACAAAGACGCUUGUAAUGGAGACGGAGGAGGCCCUUUGGCGUGUCCCAUAGAUGGUAAAGAAAACAGGUACUAUCAAGCAGGCAUCAUAUCCUGGGGAGUAGGCUGUGGAGAAGAGAACGUACCAGGAGUUUACACGGACGUCGCUAAAUUUAGAUACUGGAUAGACGAUACAAUGAGAAGAUUUAAUUUAGAUACUACCUCUUAUACUGUCGACGAUUGAAACGAUUUUCUAAUAAA